AUGGCCCCGGCCGGGUGCAGCUGGCUUCUCCUCAGUGCUGCCUUCCUGGGCGCCGGGGCGGAGAUCCUCAUCACGCCUGAGCCGGCCCAGCCCGCAGAAGGCGACAACGUGACACUAGCCGUGCAGGGCCUGGCCGGGGAGCUGCUGGCCUACAGCUGGUACGCGGGGCCCUCCCUCAGCCUGGCCUACCUGGUGGCCAGCUACAUCGUCAGCACCGGCGACGAGACCCCCGGGCCCGCCCACACGGGCCGUGAGGUGGUCCGUGCUGACGGCAGUCUGGACGUCCACGGGGUCCUGCCUGGGCACUCGGGCACGUACAUCCUGCAGACGCUCAACAGGCAGCUCCAGACGGAGGUGGGCUACGGACACUUGCAGGUCUAUGAGAUCCUGGCGCCGCCCGUGGUCCUGGCCAACAGCACGGAGCUGGUGGAGCGGAGGGACACCCUGCGGCUGGUGUGCGGCAGCCCCAGCCCCGCCGAGGCCCGCUGGUUCUUCAACGGCGAGGCCCUGCCGGUGGCCCUGCGCCUGGGCCUGUCCCCCGACGGCCGCGUGCUCACCCGGCACGGUGUCCGGCGGGAGGAGGCGGGCGCCUACCAGUGCGAGGUCUGGAACCCCGUCAGCGUCAGCCGCAGCGAGCCCCUCAACCUCACCGUGUACUUCGGGCCGGAGCGCGUGGCCAUCCUGCAGGACUCCACGGCCCGCACGGGCUGCACGCUCAAGGUGGACUUCAACGGCUCGCUGACCCUCUACUGCGUGUCUCGCUCCUGCCCCGAGCCCGAGUACGUGUGGGCCUUCAACGGGCGCGCCCUGAAGAACGGCCGUGACCACCUCAACAUCAGCAGCAUGUCUGCCGCCCACGAGGGCACCUACACGUGCAUUGCCAAGAACCCCAAGACCUUGCUUUCGGGGUCCGCCUCAGUGGUGGUGAAGCUGUCUGCGGCCGCCGUGGCCAUGACCAUCGUUCCGGUGCCCAGCAAGCCCACGGAGGGUCAGGAUGUGACGCUGACGGUGCAGGGCUACCCCAAGGACCUGCUGGUCUACGCCUGGUACCGCGGGCCCGCCUCCGAGCCCAACCGGCUGCUCAGUCAGCUGCCCUCGGGGAACUGGAUCGCCGGUCCCGCGCACACGGGCCGCGAGGUGGGCUUCGCCAACUGCUCGCUGCUGGUGCAGAAGCUGAACCUCACCGACGCGGGGCGCUACACGCUCAAGACCGUGACGCUGCAGGGCAAGACCGAGUCCCUGGAGCUGGAACUGCAGGUGGCACCCCUGGAGUAG